AUGAGGUUCCUCCUCAAGGGCAGGGCCGAGGUGGUGGAGGUGCCGGCCAAGGACAGCCAGCUGGUAGCGGCGGCGGCGGCGGCGGCGGCAGCGGCAGCGGCGGCGGUGCUCCUGGCCGCCCUCCUGGCCGUGCUGGCCGUCUCGGUUGAGGCGAAGGUGUGCGGCACCAAGGGCGCCAAGACCUUCCAGAUCAAGAAGAACAAGUUUGUGGAUGUGGGUGCUCAGGGCGGCUACGCCCAGCGCGCCUUCUUGGACGUGGCGGGCCAGGUGACCGAUGCCCUGAGGGAGGAGGGGCUGAUCGGCCCCAUCGCCAAGCUGUUCAGCUACAAGCUCAUCAAGGGCUGCUACAAGGCGAGUGCGGCGGGUGGGCGGGAGGACUCGCGUGGGGCAAGCGUGUGGAAUGGCGGCGGCACCCUGAUCCGCAAGGGCACCAAGAACCUGGUGGGCGAGUACGAGUUCAAGUACACCGUGGUCUACAACAACGUGAGGCCCAACGGCUCCCCCUGGAAGGAUUACUUCGAGGUCAACGCGGUGGCCGUCUUCAACCGCGGCAAGGUGCUGCUCAAGGGCAAGGCCGAGGUGGUGGAGCUGCUGGGCAAGAAGUGA